UAGGUCUCCGUUUCAUUUCGGAAGAGCUUUAUUCCAUGUGUACUAUAGAGAAAACCCGAUCAAAAAUGACCCAAUUGUUCACGAGAUAUUUAUAGUUAAACAUCCCCAUUCUCACCUGUGCUAUCGAUCGAUAAAUCUUACAGUGGAACUUCCGGUGUAAAUGCAAUCUGAAUCAGUGACGUCACACGUGUGUUUAUCUACUCCACAUGGGUUACCGACAUGGCCAAGAGUGACAAUUUUCCCAACGAAAUCGAAGGGUUUGAUGACGAUGCAUCAUUAGAUUUAUCCUGCGGAGAAGAAAUUCCAGAUACUUCUGAGAUGUACAGAUAUGUUGCUUACAGACAACUAGCACGGUGGGCUUGGGGCUAUUUGGGACAGAAAGUGAAAGUAGUGUUACCUUCCUGUGCUGUGAACUGCAUAAGAAACACUUUUCCUAGUGACUCUGGAUCUUAUACAGGAUUCAAACCUCAAUAA